AUGUGGAAGCGCAAUUUCGGGGCGCGAAAGAAUGUCAUUCUCAGCCUGAGGAGGUCUUUGAAGGGGGCUAGCGGAGAGUCGGGCAGGCCUUACUCGAGCAGGAACCCAUGGCAGAAUGCUAAGAGUCAGAGAGGCAACUGCCUUUCAGGCGGUUGGGUGAGCGGUCAUCAAAGCAUUGCCAUAAAGUACACAAAUGUCCAGUACCACGAAAGGAGUACCGGUAUUGUGAAAGCCCGGGCUAUGCGGAUAGAAGGAGGCGUUCUACGUAGUUCCCAGGUGCUACGUGGUAGUGUAAAUGCAGCGUUGGCCAACUUCUAUAACGACGAGAAACGACUGGAGGCUACGAUGCACAAGAAGUCAACUUCAGAUAGGUCGUGGUCCGAAAGCCCUCCAAACAUCCCACGGGCUUUACCCAGGGACUCGGGACCAUGUGUAACACACCCAGAACAUAUUCGAGAACCAGAGUCUCGGAAUUUUUGCGAAAGGGAAAGAGCUUCGGGAGGGAACGUGAUCCUUGCUGUCGCCCAGCAGACCGGUUUAGCGGAGAAAGUCGUGUCCAAGGGACAUAAGGGUGCUGGGGAGGGGACAGUUCAAUUAUGGCAUUUCCAGCUCUUCUCCUAUCCUGUCGAGAGAAUCGGGGGUACGGCCAGCGUUGAGGAGGGCGCCGUGACAAGGCUCGCCGAGCCGACAAAUUCUAAUGAUGACUUUGCAGAAGAUCCAGCUGGUGCUCCUCAUGUGUAUUGGAUGGUUGAGUUCGAACCCCUCAUUUUGGCCGCCUUGGGUGGUGGCGGAACACAGGCACACAACAGAGAGCACUUCAGGGGGCAUGCCUCCAACGCGCGUGCUAAGAUACCAUAA